AUGGCGCGGAGGGUGACCAAAUAAGGAAGACCGCGCUCCGCGGCCCGUAGUGCCGCUACUAGCCCUAUAAAUUGGCGCUUGCCCUGCGCACCACACCGCCGUUUACUCAAGAUCCGGAUCAAGGCGCUGAUCUGGUCCUCAUCAGGCAUCAUGUGUGACGAUGAGGAGACCACGGCUCUGGUGUGCGACAACGGUUCUGGCUUGGUAAAAGCCGGCUUUGCGGGGGAUGACGCGCCCAGAGCCGUGUUCCCAUCCAUCGUCGGUCGCCCGCGUCACCAGGGUGUCAUGGUCGGCAUGGGUCAGAAAGAUUCCUACGUAGGGGACGAGGCUCAGAGCAAGAGGGGUAUCCUGACGCUGAAGUACCCCAUCGAGCAUGGCAUCAUCACCAACUGGGACGACAUGGAGAAGAUCUGGCACCACACCUUCUACAACGAGCUCCGCGUGGCACCUGAAGAACACCCUACCCUUCUGACAGAGGCCCCACUCAACCCCAAAGCCAACCGUGAGAAGAUGACCCAGAUCAUGUUUGAGACCUUCAACGUGCCUGCCAUGUAUGUUGCCAUCCAGGCUGUGCUGUCCCUCUACGCAUCUGGCCGUACCACAGGCAUUGUUCUGGACUCCGGUGAUGGCGUGACCCACAACGUGCCCAUCUACGAGGGCUACGCCCUACCCCACGCCAUCAUGCGGCUGGACCUGGCUGGUCGUGACCUGACAGACUACCUCAUGAAGAUCCUCACAGAGCGUGGCUACUCUUUCGUCACCACUGCCGAGCGUGAGAUCGUACGAGACAUCAAGGAGAAACUCUGCUACGUGGCUCUGGACUUCGAGAAUGAGAUGGCCACCGCCGCCUCCUCCUCCUCCCUGGAGAAGAGCUAUGAGCUUCCCGACGGCCAGGUCAUCACCAUUGGCAACGAGCGUUUCCGCUGCCCCGAAACCCUGUUCCAGCCGUCCUUCAUUGGCAUGGAAUCUGCCGGUAUUCAUGAAACCACAUAUAACAGCAUCAUGAAGUGCGACAUCGACAUCCGCAAGGACCUGUAUGCCAACAACGUGCUGUCCGGCGGCACCACCAUGUACCCUGGCAUUGCUGACCGCAUGCAGAAGGAGAUCACUGCCCUGGCUCCCAGCACCAUGAAGAUCAAGAUUAUCGCCCCCCCAGAGCGCAAGUACUCUGUGUGGAUUGGAGGCUCCAUCCUGGCCUCGCUGUCCACCUUCCAGCAGAUGUGGAUCAGCAAGCAGGAGUACGACGAGGCUGGUCCUUCUAUCGUCCACAGGAAGUGCUUCUAAGUGGCCCUGGUGUGACCACGCUCUGCGAGAUCCAUCACCUCAACAACAAACCCGCUUAGGGAUGCCAGAGAUGACAAAGUUCCAGCAGGUCUCCUGAAUGUACAGUUUGUUUACACACAGAUGAAGUUUAUAUGUAGAUAUGUUUUUGGUUUAUAAAUAAACAAGCCACAGGACAUGAGAAA